AUGCACGACCCCCGAGCCGCAAGCGCCGACAGCGGUUUUGACGAACCCAAAAAUCCAUCCACAGAAGAAACAAGUGGACAUGAGGCUGCGCAAGAAAGCCAUAUUGUCUGGUGGGACGGCGACGACGAUCCAAAGAACCCGUACAACUGGGCGACUUGGCCAAAAAUGGUCAACACGGUGCUCAUAAGUGUUCUCACCUUUGUGACGCCUCUGGCUUCGUCCAUCUUUGCCCCGGGCAUCCCAGAGCUCAUGGUCGAGUUCAAGUCUUCCAACACGGAGCUUGCAGCCUUUGUCGUUUCUGUCUAUGUUCUCGGAUUCGCCUUUGGUCCGCUGUUUCUGGCGCCCUUGUCGGAAAUGUACGGCCGCUUGAUCAUUUAUCACGUGUGCAACAUUUGUUUCAUGGGCUGCACGAUUGGCUGCGCGCUGGCUCCCACGUUGAACGCCCUCAUCGGACUACGCUUUGUGGCCGGUAUUUUUGGGUCUUGUCCAUUGACCAUUGGAGGCGGCAGUAUAGCCGACAUGAUCACGCAAGAAAAGCGAGCGUCCGCCAUGGCCGGCUUCAGUAUCGGACCCCUGAUUGGACCAAUCAUUGGGCCCGUCGUGGGAGGAGUUAUACAGAGCAAGCUGGGAUGGAGAUGGGUGUUCUGGGUCUUGACCAUGGUCAGUGGGGCCGUGACCAUUGCCAUGGCCGUCUUUUCGCGUGAGACGUAUGCGCCGGUGCUGCUGCAACGCAAGACGGAGGCGGUGAGGAAAGAAACGGGCGACGAGAGAUGGCGCUCCAAGUUGGACAGCGGGCUCUCGCACAAGGAACUGCUCAAGAGAUCGCUCCUGCGGCCCCUCAAGAUGCUCUUGUUUUCUCCAAUCUGCACCAUAUUUGCCCUGUUCCUGGUCAUGGUGUACGGAUAUCUCUACCUGCUCUUUACAUCCGUCUCCUACGUCUUUCAGCAGCAGUAUGGGUUUGGAACCACCAGUGUUGGACUCGUCUAUCUCGGGUUGGGUGUUGGCUCCUUUAUUGGACUGGCAGUUUACACGGUGGAUAGCAACAGGGUGGUCAAGUCGCAAGCAGCUUCGCAAGGUGUAGCGAAACCAGAAGUUCGACUUCGGCUGCUACCGCUGGGCGCAUUCAUUAUGCCCUGCGGUUUCUUCAUCUAUGGCUGGACGGCUCAAUACAAAACACACUGGAUCGCUCCAAUUAUAGGUCUCGGAGUCAUUGGUGUCGGCAAUUUGAUUUGUUUCAUGGCCGUCAGCAUAUAUCUUGUUGAUGCCUACACAACGUAUGCCGCUUCUGCUCUCGCGGCCAAUACUGUGAUGCGGUCGAUUGCUGGUGCAGUCUUGCCGUUGUGCGGCCUCAAAAUGUACAACCAACUCGGUUUAGGAUGGGGCAAUUCGUUGCUUGGAUUCAUUGCGAUUGCCAUGCUUCCGAUCCCGAUCCUUAUUCUGCGAUUUGGAGAGGGACUUCGGCUCAAGACAAAGAUGGAUGCUUUGUGA